AGCGGGUCCGCCGCGGAGCAGAGUGGCGCGGAGCGGAGCAGUCUGGCCCAACCCAGCGCAGCCCGGCGCGGGCAGACGCGAGCCGGCGGGUCGCGGUGGCGGUGGCUCCCAGCCCGGCUGGUGCUGGGCCUCCGACCGAGCCGCGGCCGAGCGGGGCCUCGGCCCGGGCUCUGGAGGGGCCCGCGGCGGCGGGCUGCAGGAGGAAGCGGCGGCGGCGCGUCCCGAGCCGUGUGCGCCAUGUCGGGCGGGCCCCCCAAGGCCCUGCCGUCCACUGGGCCCCACUCCCUGCGCGACAUGCCGCACCCGCUGGCCGGCUCCAGCAGCGAGGAGGCCGUGGGCGACGACAGCACGCCCAGCCCGGACCUGCUGACGGCCCGCAGCUUCGGCGACAAGGAUCUCAUUUUGCCCAAUGGCGGUACUCCAGCAGGCCCUGCAAGUCCAGCUUCUUCAUCUUCCCUUCUCAACAGACUACAACUUGAUGAUGACAUCGAUGGUGAGACCAGAGACCUCUUUGUCACGGUUGAUGAUCCCAAGAAGCAUGUCUGUACGAUGGAGACCUACAUCACUUACAGGAUCACCACCAAAAGUACUCGGGUGGAGUUUGACCUGCCAGAAUAUUCUGUUCGUCGAAGAUACCAGGAUUUUGACUGGUUGAGGAACAAACUGGAAGAAUCCCAGCCCACUCACCUCAUUCCCCCACUUCCUGAGAAGUUUGUGGUGAAAGGUGUUGUGGAUCGUUUUUCAGAAGAGUUUGUGGAGACCAGAAGAAAAGCUUUGGAUAAAUUCCUGAAAAGAAUUACGGAUCAUCCUGUUCUUUCUUUCAAUGAACACUUUAAUGUUUUCCUUACUGCUAAGGACCUGAAUGCCCAUAAGAAGCAAGGGAUGGCGUUGCUGACUCGAGUGGGUGAGUCGGUCAAGCAUGUCACUGGCGGCUACAAGCUGAGGAGUCGGCCUCUCGAGUUUGCAGCCAUAGGCGAGUACUUAGACACAUUUGCGCUCAAGCUGGGAACCAUUGAUCGAAUAGCCCAGCGGAUCAUCAAGGAAGAAAUAGAGUACCUUGUAGAGCUGAGAGAAUAUGGGCCUGUGUACUCCACUUGGAGUGCGUUAGAGGGGGAACUAGCCGAGCCCCUGGAGGGUGUGUCAGCCUGCAUCGGCAACUGCUCUACAGCCUUGGAAGAGCUGACAGAGGACAUGACAGAAGACUUUCUACCUGUGCUCAGGGAAUAUAUUUUAUACUCUGACUCCAUGAAGAGCGUGCUGAAGAAAAGGGACCAAGUGCAAGCUGAGUACGAAGCCAAACUGGAAGCUGUGGCUCUGAGGAAGGAAGAGCGGCCCAAGGUACCAGCAGAUGUGGAGAAAUGUCAGGAUCGGAUGGAGUGUUUCAAUGCUGAUCUGAAAGCCGACAUGGAGAGGUGGCAGAGCAGCAAGAGGCAGGACUUCCGGCAGCUGCUCAUGGGAAUGGCCGACAAGAACAUCCAGUAUUACGAGAAGUGCCUCAUGGCUUGGGAGUCGAUUAUCCCACUACUGCAGGAGAAGCAAGAGGCCAAGUAAGCUCCUUCUUGGGACAGAGACUCUCCUACCUGUGCAGGGGAUGGCGCCCACACCGGAAUGUCCCUGCAGUGCUAGAGAGGUAGCACCAAGAAAACAACCACAGAAACAUCUCUCUUUUGUGUAUUUCUUUCCCUUACCCCCACCUUUGUCCGACAGUUGUUUUCAAUGAGUAUUUAUUCCUUGGUGGCGUCUGUAAGGCCGUCACCAUCUCUCAGCAGAAGAAGCAUACCUCCGUGGUGUGAAGGAACCUGUUUGGUGGGACACUACGAAGAUUUGAAACUGAGGGACAAGACAGCCCUCAGCUGACAUUCUGACAUCUCGUUACAGUCCCCUCUUUGGGGACAGCGGAGUUGCCUGCCAUGGAAGAGAAGCCGGGUCCUGCUUUGCAAGGCCGUGAGGAAGGCAUGAACAGAAGGCAGCUCCUGCUUUCCGUGGGCGCACGGUGGCUCUGGAAUUGACCUCCAUGGGCCUUGACUCGUCUCGGCUUAGCAGGAGGUGUCGGCGCCUCUGUGGGAAGCCCUUAAUGUACAGUGUAGCUCUGAGCGUGGCCUGCUGCCUGCCUGUCAUGAGUGACACCUGCGUUAUGGUUUCCGGUUCGCGUAGGACCGUUUAAUCAGUGUCUAGGUGCAUCCAUGCUAGAGCAAGCAAGCUAGCAUCCUUGUCCUUGAUGUGAUGCCUUGGGAAGCUGAGGGGGCAGUGCUCCCCGAACUUGUUUCUGACACUAAAAUGUAGUAGAUUGGAAACUGUUUUGUGUAAAACGAAAAAAAAAGGUGCAUUUUUCUCUGUGA